AUGGCUUUAGAACCAAUUGACUAUACUACUCACUCAAGAAGCAUCGAAGAUGCUUACCAGAAAAUCGUAAGAGGCUCAGAUCCUGACACUACCUGGUUGAUCUUAUCCCCAAAUGCAAACAAGGAAUACGACGCAGACUUGCUAGGUAACGGUUUCACCGAUUUCUUACAAUCCUUUGACGAUACAAAAGUUCAAUUCGGUUUAGCAAGAGUCUCUCCUCCUGGUUCCGACGUCGAAAAAAAUAUAUUGAUCGGUUGGUGUCCAGACUCUGCUCCAAUGAAAACAAGAGCUUCUUUCGCUGCUAACUUCGGUGACGUAGCAAAUAACGUAUUAAAAGGUUACCAUGUCCAAGUCACUGCUAGAGAUGAAGACGAUUUAAACGAAAAGGAUCUCUUAAUGAAAAUUAGUAACGCCGCAGGUGCUCGUUACUCAAUUCAAUCCACUUCUUCUUCUUCUUCCUCCGCUCCUGCUGCUUCUUCAAAACCAAAAGCAAUCUUCACUAAGAAAGCUCCUGUUCAGACUCAAUCUCAACCUGAAAAAUUAGAUAAACCAUCCAUCCAAACUCUACCUCCAAAAAAAUUUGUUAAAGCUGAAGAACCUGAAGAUGACUGGGACGAACCGGAAGUUGAAGAACGUGAUUUAACUGAAAAUCCUUUGAAACCUAACCAAUCCAGUUGGAAGCCAGUAGGCAAAGUUGAUUUACAAAAGGUCAUAGCUGAAGAAAAGGCCAAGGAAGAUCCUCGUUUGGUCCACAAUUCAUCUGUCGUUGGUACUAAACCACCAGUUAACUCCGGCUUUAUGAAAAAGGAUGAUGAUGAUAAAGUUAUAAAAGGUUUCAGAACUGAAAAAUCCCCUGCUCAAAUAUGGGCAGAAAAAAAGGCUGCUCAAAAUAAAUCAUCUACCUCUCCAUCUUCAUCUUUCGAUAGACAGAAACAGCAACAAAAGGAAGAAGAACCUAUUGAUGACGAUGAACAAGAAAUGGGCGUUAAUGAUUUAAAAUCAAGAUUUGAGAAGUUCUCUGCAAGCUCCGAACCACCAGUGAUCAAGCCAAUGAGCAUAUCGAAGCCUCAGCCAGAAGCAACACAACCUGUCAAAAUGGACCCAAGAAAGUUUGGCACUCCGUUACCUGGAAUGCACAAUGAGGACGAAGAUGAAGAAAAAGAAGAUGAAAACGACGAGUGGGAUGAAGACGAAACUGAAUCUAACCCAACCCUACCUUCUAGAAACACAAUUGAAGUUGAAACCGAACAAGCCGCUGAAGAAGAGGAAGAAGUCCCAGUCAGAGUUGACGAGGAAAUGGAAGAAGAGGAAGAUGAGGAAGUUGCCCCUCCAAGUUUGCCAUCUAGAGGUGGUGCUGCUGGCCCUCCUCCACCAGCUCUUCCUUCAAGAAACACUGAACCUGAACCUGAAGAAGAAGAAGAAGAAGAAGAAGAACUGGCACCAGUCUUACCUUCAAGAGGUGAACCAGCACCAGCAUCAGCAUCAGCUGGAUCAGUUCCACCACCACCACCAAGAAAACCAGCUCAAUCUGGCGGUCCAUCAGCAGUUGCUGAAUACGACUACGAUGCUGCAGAAGAUAACGAAUUGACAUUUGUUGAAGGCGAUAAGAUCGUUAACAUUGAAUUUGUCGACGACGACUGGUGGUUGGGUGAACUGGAAAAAACUGGCGAAAAGGGUCUGUUCCCAAGCAAUUACGUUUCUUUAGAAGACUAA